CGCAUCCUGCCGCCGCGGCUGCGUCCGCGCGCGCUGCCAACGUCGAGGAGGAGUGUGCGCGCUGCUGGUGCUUCUGCCGGCGCGGCGCUGCAACGGCUGCUGGCGCGCGCGUCUCGCUGCUAGCUGCUUUCCCGCGUCGUCGGCAUCGGCGUCGACGUCGGCAGUGCGGAUCGCUCCAUGCGGGCCGUGACGACGCCGCUGUGCGCGUGCAAGUGCAGCCCGUGCUCGUGUUCGUCGUCCCGGCGCUCGAACGAGUACCGCGCCUGGCGUCCGCGCAGCAGGCGCUCGUCGCGAGGCGAGGAUGGAGGACGCUACAGCGAGGAGGAGGACGAGGAAGAGGGCCUGUCUUCGAGCGCCGAAGACGGGACGAGUGCGUCUUCCGCCCUGGCCGGCGGAGGCGUGACGUUCAAGCCGCAGCAGCACCGCAAACGCUGCUGCGACGACGACUUCUCGUCGCUGUCGACGCGGCUGCGCUGCCUGCUGGCCGCCGUCGUCGUGCUCCUCGUGCUCACGGCCGUGUUCGUGCCGCUCUACUACUUCGUCUUCAGGCAGCACCUGGGCCCGCUCUGGAGAGCCCUGUUCGGGACGCGCGUCGCCGAUGCGUCUGGCGGAGCGGAGACCACAGCCGGUGGGAUGGGCAUCUCUACGUUGGAUGAGACGCUGGCGCCCUUUCAGAUGACACCGGCGUGGAAGCCCGAGUGUCCCGAGGCACCAGUGCUGGAGUGGAACCGCUUCGACUGCUUCCCGGAGAAUCCCGACGUGGACGUGCACACGUGCGAGGACCGGGGAUGCUGCUGGGCUGUCACCGACGUCCGAAACGACAAGGACGGCCCUGCUGCCAGGGAACACUACAGGGACCGUGUACCCAAAUGCAUAUUGCCGCUCAACUCUGGCUACCGGAUAGCGGGCCCCGAGGAAUCCUUGUUCGGUGGCUACGAGGUGCCCCUGCAGAGGAUCCCGUCGCCCUCCCGGUACGGAGACGACAUCACGCACUUGAAGGUGCGCGUCCAGAUGCAGACGCCGUAUCGCCUCAGGGUCAAGAUCUACGACUCCUCCGAGGAGCGCUACGAGGUACCGGACCCCGUGAUCCCGGUAGAGAUGGACCUCGGAUCUCCCCUCGUUCACGAAGGGGACGUGCAGAUGUACGCCACGAGCUACAACCUGGACAGUGACCCUUUCAGUUUCCAAGUGCGGCGAACCAAGACUGGCACCGUCAUCUUCGACACAGGUGUUGGUGCGCUGGUGUUCGCGCACCAGUUCCUGCAGAUAUCGGCGCGCCUGCCCAGCGGCCUCGUGUACGGUCUCGGAGAGCAAGUGCAUGACCGAUUCCAGCACGACAUGGGCUGGAGGACGUGGCCCAUAUUCAACAGAGACGCCUUCCCAGAGGACUACUCAAAUCUGUAUGGCUCGCACCCGAUGUACAUGUGCAUCGAGAAGGACAACAACGCUCACGCCGUGCUUCUGCUCAACAGUAAUGCCAUGGAGGUUCAGCUACAGCCAACCCCAGCUGUGACAUUCCGGACCACUGGCGGUGUUCUUGAUUUUUAUUUCUUUAUGGGUCCCACUCCCGAGGAAGUCGUCAGGCAAUACACUGAGGCCGUCGGUCGUCCGUUGAUGCCCCCGUACUGGGCUCUCGGCUUCCACCUGGGCCGCUGGGGUUACCGCACCACCGACUAUGUGCGAGACACGCAGAAGAAGAUGCGAGACAUGAACAUGCCGCAGGAUGUGGCUCACGUGGACAAAGACAUCCUGUACAAGCACCGGCUGUUCACCCUGGACCAGAACAACUUCGCCAAGCUGCCACACCUCGUGAAUGAGUUGCACGGCCGUGGACAGCGCGUCACUGUCGUCAUGGAGCCGGGAGUGGUUGUGCCGCGUGGGGAACCCGGUCCUUACACUCCACUGGAGAGCGGAGAGCGACUCGGAGUGUUCGUCAACGACACCUGGGGCACGCAACCCAUCCAGGGCUUGGGUUGGCCCGGUACCAUCGUGUUUCCUGACUUCGGGAAUCCAGCGACUCAAGCCUGGUGGUCGGAACAACUGCACGAAUUUCACCAGGUCGUGCCUUUCGACGGCCUCUGGAUUACUGCCAAUGAGCCGUCUAACUACGCCAAUGGCUCGAUCAAUGGAUGCCUCCAGGACAAUCUAAAUCAGCCACCGUACAAACCAAAGACGAAAGGGCACCGCCUGUUCGAGCGAACCCUGUGCAUGGACGCUGUACACUGGUUCAAGGGAAACAAGCACCGCCACUACAAUGUCCACAACCUCUACGGGAAGGCCAUGAGCCAAGCAACAGUCAAUGCCCUGAACGCGCUGUCCGGAGGCCGGCGCAGCCUAGUCAUGUCUCGCUCGACGUUCCUGGGCAGUGGUCGCUACGUGGGCCACUGGCUGGGUGACAACGCCAGCCGUUGGCCGGACCUGGGUCACUCUAUCGUCGCCAUGCUCGAGUUUGGCCUCUUCGGCAUACCACUGGUAGGCGCCGACGUAUGCGGGUUUUACGACGAUGCCACUGAAGAACUCUGCUUGCGCUGGAUGCAGCUAGGUAUCUUCUAUCCUCUAGUCCGAAACAACAACGCCAUUGAAAGUACUGCUCAAGACCCGUCGGCGUUCAGCGAAGACUUCCAAGCGGUGGCGCGCAAUGCUCUGAAGCUUCGAUACGAGCUGCUGCCUUUCCUGUACACACUUUUCCACCACGCGCACACCAAGGGCACCACUGUGGCGAGGCCACUCUUUCAUGUGUUUCCGAACGACACGGAGACGUAUGAAAUCGACCAGCAGUUCAUGUGGGGCGAGGCCCUUUUGAUGACUCCUGUCCUCGAACCGGGAGUUCUGUCCGUGGAGGGCUACUUUCCUGCGGGAAAGUGGUACGACUACCACACGGGUCGGGAAUUCUCCAACUACGAGAGGGGCCACUGGCAUCCCGUAUACUCACCGCUGUUCGACCCGAGCCGGCCAUGCAACUUACACGUUCGUGGCGGUUUCGUGAUCCCUAUGCAGGGACACGCCAACACCACCACCACCAGCCGGAGGAAUCCCAUGAAGCUCUUGGUAGCACUGAAUGCGUCUGGCGAAGCCAUUGGUGACCUUUACUGGGAUGACGGAGAGACCAGAGAUGCACAACUUCUGGAGGAAUACGUGUACCUGAAAUUCCGUGCAAUGAACAACACUCUGGAGAUCUGCAGCUACCAGUACAAGAAGCUGUUCAGCUCGACGUUCGAUGAGCUGGCCAUCAUGUCUGUUCGGGUGCUGGGCAUCCGCCGGAGGCCCGCCCGCGUCGAGCUGGACGGUUACUACCAGCUAUCGCGCAGGCAGUACAGAUGGCACCACAGCAACAAGGUGAUGGACUUGAAGCAGAUUCUCAUGCCCCUCAGGAAAAACACCACCGUCCGUUGGUUUAUGUCCUGACAACGGCCUAAAAGGCACCUCCACUACGACGCGGAUCACCGAACCGGCAGCGACCGUGCCCGCUUAUGAGAUAGCGAGGAGAAGUGGCCCGUGACGCCGUCCCCCCAAGAGGACAACGACGACGUGACUCGCAGUGUUCUGUUAGAUGUGUGCGGUGUACAGACUCUUGUGGCUGCAACCGAAAUGAAGAAAGAACGUUCUGCGAUUGUUCUAAGUCAGACUUGCCGUGAACCUUCCAGUGCUGUGUGAAACUGUCCGAGUGUAUACGUAUACACAUG